AUGGAGGCGGGGAUGUGUGGCGGCGGCGCGAAAGGGGUUAAUCGAGGAUACGUACGAAAUCCAUGCAAAGAUUUUAUGCGGGCAUACAAAGCAGGUGAAACCAGGCCGUCCGCGAGCUCGUAUAUCCUCGCAGGAGUCAAAAAUUUCGUUUCAGAACCAGUUACCAUCAUCGUCGGAGCUCCCGAGCUAUUCGUGAAUAAGGGUAGCACCAUUAAUCUAACUUGCGUCGUGAGAUAUGCUCCGGAACCACCGCCCAUGAUGAUUUGGAGUCACAACACCGAGUUUAUUAGAAUAACGAUGGAGUGUUUGCAAGAGAUACCUUUCGGUGUAACAUUGCUUCAUCAGAAUGAAAUGAACAUGGAAAUUAGUUGCAAAAUUCGUUAG